AUGACCGCCACACCACCUAAAUCUCAAAUAUGGCACCCUGCUCGGGGUAUUUCCUUCUCACCCGUUGCGCAGUCGCCAAACUUGGCGCCACAAGAUUCAAAUGACUUCGAUGCUUCUCUGUAUCCGAAAUUUGAGAAGCUUCCGAGUGUAAAGCGCAAAACGCGGAAGUUGAAAGCAGUUACUCUCAAUGCAACUGAAACUAUAGAUAAGAGUUCUUCUGAUGCUGUUCUCACAGAUGAGCAAACAGACUCAUCAGAGGCAAAAGUCUCUGACGAACCUCCUGUUGCUACUUUGCCCUUCAAGAUGGCGGAUGACUUGUUCUACGCUGCUAAAAAGGCACCUGCUGGUACGGUUGCUUCAUAUUGGUCAUAUACCCAGUACCGGGGAAUGGCACAAGAUGGCACAGAGCAGAAGGUUAAAGUCCACUACUGUCGAAGCACCUAUACUAUGGAAAAGAUCUGCAAGGAAUACUUCUCGAACGAACAGAUUCUUGGCUUCGAUCUGGAAUGGGCCGCCGACUCUUACAAGUGGGAAGGUCUCAAGAAAAAUGUCUCUUUAAUCCAGCUGGCGAGUCCCAGCCGUAUCGGACUCUUCCACGUCGCUCUUUUCCCCGACAGAAGUGACAUGGUUGGGCCCUCGUUCAGGGCUAUUAUGGAAAGCCCAUAUAUUACAAAGGUCGGCGUUAAUAUUAAAUCGGAUGCAACGAGGAUACGUAAUUUCUUGAACAUAGACUCGAAAGGACUCAUAGAGCUAAGCCACCUUUACAAGCUCGUUACGUACUCUGCCGAAGGGCGGCACCGCGAAAUCAACAAGAAACUUGUGCCCCUGGCAACCCAGGUAGAGCAAUAUUUACAUCUACCCCUUUACAAGGGUCAGGACGUCCGGUCGAGUGACUGGACAAAACCUCUAAUUAUAGAUCAAGUCACUUAUUCCGCAUCAGAUGCCUAUGCCGGAUUACAGCUUUUCGCUACUCUUGACCAUCACAGACAACAGCUCAACCCUUGCCCGCCUCCCCCAUAUCAUGCAGAGCUCAACCUUCCUAUCCGGCUAGCAGACGGGCUGGAACUAUCUACGGAUGACGAACCCAUCGUUGACACGGUAGUAGAGACAGUCGUCGAAACCACUGCAACCGCAACCGUGAAAUCCAAAACCACAGUCUCCAAACGGCCGUCGGCUCCAAAGGACUCCCGGGUCGAAAUCGCCGAAGACCGCGUUGCGCGGUACCGCGCCACGCACCCCGAGGCGCUCGCAUCCACCCCGCAGCUUCGCGCGUACUUCAUGUGGCAUAGCCAGGGCCUCGAUCCGCGGACCAUAGCGCAGUUACUACGAGACCCGCCUCUAAAAGUCAGCACGGUCACCGUCUACAUACUAGCCGCGAUCGAGCACGAGAAGCUGCCCGUAGACAAGGACCGGCUAAACCAGGAGAUUGCGGGCAUGAUUUCGACGACCUCGGUGUGUUUGCGGUGGCCGCAUGUCGCUGAAACCUUGGGUCUCGCGGAAGUGUCUGGCUGA